AGGUGCUGUUGUUGGAAUGCAAAGGUUCUGCAUGUCGGGCGGGUCAGAUAUAUGAUGUAGAAAUUGAAACUACGGCAAUUUUAACAUUCAUAUCUGUGAAACACGUUGCAAGACAAAAGGUAUUAACAAAAUAGUACAAUGAUGUCUGACAGAAAAGCAGAGCUUGAAAGAAAGAAAGCCAAGCUGCAGGCUAUUAAAGCGGAAAAGGAAAGACGCAGGAAAGAAAAAGAACAGAAAGAUGUUGAGGAAGCUACAGUUCGUGCUGCGGGAGCAGAUAAAGAUCACCGCAAGGAAUUGGAUGCUAUGCUUUCAUCUUUAGGUGUAGCACCAGUAUCAGAUGUAUUAUCUAGUUUGUCUAGUAUGAACUCUUUAACACCGGAACAAAGUGCUAAUGCUACUCCUGAUGCUAGUUUACAGCCAUCUAGUAUAAAUUCUGCUCAAAGUACGGCUAGGAAGAAGAAUCGGGAACUUACAAUUGUUUCUGUGGCGCAUACCAAUAUUCCACCAAAGGAACCAGUUGUGUAUACUAAACAAACGCAAACUAUUCAGACAUCGCACACAUCUCACGACGGCUACUUUGAGACUGACUGGUGGCGUCCCAGGAAAGCUCAUGCAUUCGACUAUUACGACGAGUACAAUCUAAAUCCUGGUUUAGAAUGGGAGGACGAAUUUACAGUUUUGACAUUUGAUGAUGGCCAAGUUGAAGAUGAAGAGAACAGCUUGCCGCAUAUGGACGGUUUCCAAAGCAAACUUCCUCCUGGGAUUCUUCCCCAUGGUUUACCGCAGGUUAAGGAAGUCCCGCCAGCAGUUACUCAAGUGGAAAAGCAAAAGGAAAACGAGAAGCCGAAAGAAGUACGAGAACUUAGCGAAGAAGAGAAACAGAUGAUUAUACUGUCUGAAGAUUUUCAACGAUUUCUUGAUCGUACUAGCAGAAUUGUGGAAAGGGCAUUAGGAGAAUCGAUCGAUAUUUAUACUGAUUAUAUGGGUACUAUGGAUGGUGAAGAUGGAAUCGACGAAAAGAGUAAUCAACGUUUAUCGUUAAAUCGAUCGUUCUUUUGCGAACGUUGGUCUCGUAAGCGUUGUGUGACCUCGUUGGAUUGGUCACCUCAGUUCCCAGAACUUCUCGCGGCCUCCUACGGUAACAAUGACGACACUCCGAACGAUGCUGACGGAGUGUGUCUGGUUUGGAAUACAAAGUUCAAGAAAACAACCCCGGAAUUUAUUUUCCAUUGUCAGUCUCCCGUUAUGUCGUGCACUUUUGCAAGAUUUCAUCCUAAUCUAAUCUUAGGAGGUACUUAUUCCGGACAGAUUGUUCUUUGGGACAAUAGAGUACAAAAGAGAACUCCUAUUCAACGUACACCAUUAUCGGCUAGCGCGCACACUCAUCCAGUGUACUGUUUAAACGUUGUCGGAGCACAAAAUGCGCACAAUUUGAUAAGUAUUUCAACUGACGGUAAAAUGUGCUCCUGGAGUUUAGACAUGUUGUCACAACCUCAGGAGAUCUUAGAACUUCAUACUAAACAGUCGAGGCCAAUUGCCGCCACUUGUUUAGCUUUCCCUCACGGCGAUGUCAAUAAUUUCGUCAUUGGCAGUGAAGAAGCAACUGUUUACUCGGCAUGUCGUCACAGUACGAAAGCUGGAGUAUUAGAGACUUAUGAAGGUCAUCAAGGUCCAGUUACAGGAAUUAGCGCACAUGCUGUGCCACAUGGAAUCGAUUUUUCACAUCUCUUCCUGACAUCUUCGAUCGACUGGACCAUCAAGCUCUGGAGUCUUAAAGAGACGAAGCCUUUAGACUCGUUCGAGCAUAAUGGUGAUUACGUUUACGAUGUUGCAUGGUCGCCGACCCAUCCAGCCUUGUUCGCUGCUGUAGACGAUUCGGGACGGUUAGAUCUGUGGAAUCUCAAUCAAGAUACCGAAGUACCCACAGCUAGUGUUGUGAUCAAUGGUUGUCCAGCUCUUAAUAGAGUCUCAUGGACACCGAGCGGUUUACACGUAACAGUUGGUGAUGAUAGUGGAAAGAUUUGGGUGUUCGAUGUUGCUGAGCAUUUAGCGCAUCCAAGAAUGGACGAAUGGAAUAAAUUUUUGUACACCCAGCAAGAGUUGACAAACAACAACACAGAUGAGGAAAUGCGUAAGCUCAAUGUAAGAGAACCUUCUUCCAUACAUCCGUUGCUAGCGACAUGGCCUCUUAGGGUAUAA